GCAAGUGGCCCAGACACGCACGCCGGUGAUCGACCCCGGGUAAUAAGGCCGGCGACCGAGGUUUUGUCGUUGCUGAUGAGACGAUCUCAUGACGUUGACACCACCAUAUUCAUUAUCCACUCUUUGUCCACCCUUUUUGGCACUUUUACUCUCGCCAUCCCAUUUUGACAUCGCAUCAUCCUCGUAUACAUUAAAAUUGAUCAGCGGCAAAGAUGGGAUUCAAUAGUCCGAUACCAGUCCGUCUUCAAGAGGAGUCACGCAAAGCUGCCAAGAUCUUGAGAAGUUUUGUGGAUGCAAACAACAACGGAUUAGACAAAGUCAUUCCGAGGACAGUUCUGGAGAGAGCAGAAGGUUUCGCCAUUUUCACGGUCUUCAAGGCUGGUUUCCUCUUCUCCGCACGAGCGGGGUCAGGUGUUGUUGUCGCACGUUUACCAGAUGGAUCAUGGUCGCCGCCUAGUGCUAUUGGAUUAGGAGGGUUAGGGUUUGGUGGCCAAGCAGGAGCUGAGGUGACCGACUUCUUGAUCGUUUUAAACUCUCGGUCGGCAGUGACCUCUUUCAUGUCUGCUGGUUCACUCACUAUAGGUGGUAAUCUAUCCGUCGCUGUGGGACCUCUUGGACGUAAUGCCGAAGGAUCCGGUGCUCUCAAUUCCAAGGGAAAAGUUGCCGCCAUGUACUCUUACUCCAAGACUAAAGGUCUCUUUGGUGGUGUUUCCGUCGAAGGUUCCGUCAUUCUUGAACGUCAAGACGCCAACCGCCUUGCUUACGGAGGAAGUCCAUCGUCAAAGCAAAUCCUCUCCGGAAUGUUUGACCCUCCAGAAUGGGCAGACGUCCUUAUCGACCAACUCGAAAAAUCCACCGGUCUGCCUGGAGGACAAAGGUGGACAAGCAGGGAUGAGGCAGGGGAGGGUGGUGGAAUGGGUUGGAGCACACCUGAAGCUGGUAAAGGCGGUGGAGGAUAUGUGUUUGGAGAGGGCGUUGGUGCUGGGGGUAGUGUAGGUUCCGGGCGCAAACGUGCGGGUAGUCUGUUUGGUAAAGAUCCUGAUCGAUCCAAUUCGCCAUCGCGACCAGGUAUGCCCCGCCGGUCGAGCAUACUCAAUCCAUUCUCCAGCGGUACUUCCAGCCCCAGGAAGGGGAGUACAGGGCCGCAACAUACGUCAGAAGCGUAUAAUGCUGGUCUCACUUGGGACUCUCAAGGACCUACUGGAGUUGGUACUGGUAACGGUACAAGUGCUGGAAGGGCGAGGAGUGGCUCGCUCAGGAAAGAUGGGGAAGUACCUCAGCCCUUUUCGUAUAUGACGGCUGCAAAGCUCAAGGAGGAUAGUAAAGGCAAGGAUCUGCUUGGAGAAUGGGACUCUGCGUCUUUCAACUCCGCAAAACCUAGAUCGCGUAAUAAUUCUGAUGGCGGAGACCGGGAUCUUUUAGGUCAUUGGGACAGUAACGGCCACGGACUGUCUGCUCAUUUCGACCGCCUUUCUACCAAUGACACCCGCUCAAGGAGCAACUCUCGCUCUAACCGUCCACCAUUUGACGAUAUCCUCGAAUACCCCAAGAAACCUUCCACAUCCACUAGCUACGCCCACGCAUCUGGUGAACCUGACUAUACACCGCGCGAAAGUAUAUCCAAUUUUGCGAAGACGGAUUGGUCAUCGUUUGAAGAUCAGCAACGAUACGAUUCGCCUUCUAAAAAGACCCGGCCUUUUUCGUCGUAUAUCUCUCCUGCGCGGAAAAGCUCACCGUCAAAGGAUUUCCCACCUUUUGAUGAUGAUGCAGUGGGAAGAUUGAGAUCGAGCUCGGCCGGUAGGCCUUUCGAGGAUUACCGCCACCAGUCGGACCGAUACGGUUCGCCUUCUUACGACUUUAGCCCACGUAAACUGUCUGCUUCCUCUCCCAUACCCGAGAUUCGCCUCAAACCUGGGCUCGAUACGACCGACGAUGGGUACGCCCGUGCUGUCGCCAUGUUCGACUUUAAGCCCGGUGCUGCUGGCGAUUUGGGCUUCAAAACUGGUGAUGUAGUGAUUGUGCUAGAUUAUGCGGGCGACAGUAGUGAGUGGUGGGAAGGCAGGCUAGCAAGUGAAGGUUCAGCAGGGAGAAAAGGCAUUUUCCCGUGUACGUACGUGGAGGUUCUGGCUUUACCAAAGGAUUUGAGGGGCGGAGUAUCUAGGAGUGAUCUGAGGAGAAGGAUUGCUAGGAAUGAGUUUGAUUAGAUUUCAGUUGGUUAUUAGACGUUAUCUUCGUCAAAAUAAAUGUAACGUUAUCUCGCAUGUGC